CGUUCGUCCCUCCCUCCCUCUCGCUCCAUCCAGCCCAGACUGUGUUUUGCUGCAGUGAGCGGCAGCCCUGUGCAGAGAAGCGCGUGAAAAGGAGGUUGCAAAACAAACACCACACAACAAGAAGAAGGAGGUAAAAAAAACAGAAGAGGAAGGGAACAGGAAAAAGAGUGGAGUAGCAGAAGAAGACGCAAAAAAAAGGGAGAUCACAUCCCGCGGGAGGGACGAACAAGCGGACCUAAGUAGAGACACCGGGAGGCGGGACGUAACGGUAACCUCCAUCGGGACCCCCCCUCUCCUCCUCCUGUGAACUCCCCCCUCACCCCCGCAAUUGGAAGCCAACGAGCAGGAUAUUAGUGCGACCAAGCAUGGCUUUCCCAUCAGCUCCGUUAUGGAUUGUCAGCGUAUUGACGCUACUCUCUGCGGUUUGCAGCAACGUGGUCUUUGACGACGACCCCUUACAGCCCGUUACCUCUGAUGAGACGGUUUCGGUGGGCGGAGCCGUCACACUGACCUGCCGGGUGGCCGAGAGCGACAACUCGUCACUGCAGUGGUCCAAUACGGCGCAGCAGACGCUUUACUUUGGCGAGAAGAGAGCGCUGCGAGAUAACCGCAUCCAGCUGCACCGCUCCACGCCCACUGAGCUUUCCAUCAUCAUCUCCGAGGUGCAGCUGUCUGACGAGGGAUUUUUUUAUUUUUUUUUUGUUGCAGUCACUACAGAUAUUUCUUUGUUAAAGAUGUUUUCUUCUGGAUGUUUUAUGACAAAGUUGGGCAUCAGUUACUCCAGUGGACAGCUACCAAAGAAAAUGCCGUUUUCUCCUGCAUGCUUGUCUUGUGCAUAUGGAAGAAAAUGGGAUGCAUGUCGUAUUUCACACGAUCCAAUUCUGGGCGUUGUUUGUUUGUUGCCGUCAGGCGUCCCGGGUAAGCCUCACAUCUCUGGCUUGGAGCAUCCCGUGCAGGAGGGCGGCACGCUCACCCUGACCUGCACCAGCACAGGCAGCAAGCCCCCCGCCAGGCUGCGAUGGUUCCGCGGGGACAUGGAACUCCAGGGCCGGCCGGACGUGGUGGAGUCGGUUCCGGAUGAGCCCACGUACAACGUGAGCAGCGAGCUGACGCUGGAGGUGAGCCGUGCCGACGACAACCAGGUGGUCACCUGCGCCGUGGACCACCCGUCGCUCGCCCCGGGGGACAAGAGGAGCGAGCAGGCACUUCAAGUCUUAUAUUCCCCAAACGUUCAGAUACUGCCCGAGAGUGAUCUGCCUCGUGAAGGGGAGAAGUUUCACCUCGAAUGUUUGGGCAAUAGCAACCCCGAGCCUUCGUCCUACAUUUGGGAAAAGAAGGACGGAGAGCUCCCCCCGCUGGCCAAAGCCGAGGGCACCUUCCUGCGCUUCGAGGCGCUCAACAAGUCGGACAACGGCGUGUACCUGUGCUUCGCCGACAACGGCAUCGGCAGCAGCGUUGGCGAGUACGUGCUGUUGGUGCAAGAUCCCAACGACCCCACGGACUCCACGAGCACUCCCCCAACUUUUACGCCCACAUUUUCCUCCCUGGUGACCGAUCCCACGUCCUCCCUUCCUGAGCUUUUCUCCACCGGGUCCCCGUCCGAAACGCCGCCCACCAUAACCGUCACGACCGCUACCGCCACAACCGCGCUUUCCAACGAGCUUUUCCCCGGCUUGACCGUCAACCCCGACUCCUCUGCAAUGCCUCCACCUUUCUCCCCUUCCUCCCUGACUCCCUCAGUUUCCGACGGGCUGACUGGACAUGCCACCCCCACAGAUGCUGCUGAAAACAUCGCAGACCCCACGGCCAUGUCGACGUCAUCGAGCGUGGACCACGCGGUGAUCGGCGGCGUGGUGGCCGUCAUCGUCUUCAUCCUGCUGUGCCUCCUCAUCGUCUUUGGGAGAUACCUCAUCAGACACAAAGGAACAUAUUUGACCCACGAGGCCAAAGGCUCAGACGACGCCCCCGACGCCGACACGGCCAUCAUCAACGCUGAGGGUGGAAACUCCGGAGUCGAGGACAAGAAGGAGUACUUCAUCUAGGGAGCAAGAAGAGAAGAAAGAAGGAAGGAGAAGAAGGAAAGAACAAUCUUCCAUUUUGUUUUCACCACACUCAGUUGCUCGAGAAAGUCGGGGGUGAGGACUUCGUUUGCAUCGACACGGGGGAUGUGAGAUUUGCACUGACACACACCCACACAUACACACACACCCACACACACGAUGACUAACUAACACGUUAUUGUUACGUUGCGAUCCCGGCGUCCCGUUUUUGAACCAACUCCGAAAUUGUAACUCACAUUCCUUCCCGAGCUGCUUCCUACAUGAACACCACACCCACUUCAUGAACAUCCUCAGCCUGCCCUCUUCAAAAAAAAAUGUGACGAGCCACCCUGCAACCCCCACCUAAGGCCCCUCCAUCUACACUACACACGUACACCUAUAAAUAUGUGUGUGUGUGUGUGUGUGUGUGUGUGUAUGUA